AAAACAAUCCGAUUAAAUUAAAUUUGAAGCUGGAAGCUACCUAUUAUAAACCGCAUGUUGAAAAUUCCACCGAGAAUAGAGCGUUCAAGACCUCAGCCAGGGAAAUUUUCUUUGAUAGUGAAAUAGAAGACGUUAUAGAAGAAAAGUUUGCAAAAUUAUUAAAAGAAGAAGAUAUAUAUCAAGGACGGGGUAGUGGCUUUUCGUUACAGAGUAUCGAUGGCGUUUUAUUAGGUGUUUAUAAAUAUACACCUAUGGGAGGCUCUUCAUAUAUUCCGCUACCUACCGAUAUUAUGAAUAAACGAGCUAUAAUCAACCCGCAAAAUAAUGACGAGAAAUGUUUCAAGUGGGCGAUUUUGGCGAAACACGUUACGGAUAUACACAGAGAUAUAUAUUCACACAUAUAUUCCGCUCUCUGUGUAUAGUCUGCUAUAGUCAGAUUUAAUCAAAAUGUGCAUAGUUCCAUAGGAAUGGAACUGUGGAUACGCGAUAAUAUCGGUGUUCGGUCAAGCUGCAAAAUUUGUUCUAAGAAGAUCUUUUUAGUGCUUAUAAUUGAAAUUUCGAUUUUGUCUAAAGCCAUCGAUUAUUACUCUAUUAUGUUAUAAUGCUGUAUAUUACAAUAAUAUAACGUUAUAACAUCAUGGUCUAUAAUUUGAAUAUUAUUGAUAAUACUUUGCCGAUAUAGCGGUAUACAGAUAAUACACUUAAUUAAAAUAUGUAAGUAUAUCUAUACACAUAUUCAGGUACCUAUGUCCGUAACUUAAAAAUUAAACGAUAAAAGAUUAGCAUAAAUCGUUUUUAAUUAAAGUGCUGUACAUUUAGAAUUUCCUCCUAUGUUAUCAUUAUUACGGUAACAAUAAUAAUGGUUAUCGCAAACACAAUGUAAUUAUGUUGACACUGUGAAAACUUUUACUAGAAAUCAAGUUUAAAUAAGACGUGCUCGAAUUAUAAUGUAGGUACAUAUGUACGAUAAUACGAUGUUGUGUAUUACCGUUUUAUAUAAUACGAUUAGGUUAUUUUUUGAACCGGAGUAUUGUAGUUAAAAAUUUUGAUAAUCAUAUUGACUAUUUUUAGAUACGAUUCCACGUAAAUGUUGUAAAGGUAUACCUAUUAUUGUAAAGUUCACAAGAUAACUUACUAUAUAGGUAUUAUUAAAUAUCUUGCGUAAUACUACAUUUAGUGGUUUUGGCCAAUGUUAUUGACAUUAUGGUAAAUCCUGGCAUUUAAACGAUAACGAUAAAAUAGUUAUUAAUAUAAAAAUAAGUAAAUAUGAAAAAAAAAACUAGUCUGGAGUAUUUUAAUAGAUCUUGUGUCUGUGGAAAUGACCGGUUUCGAUUACAAAAAAAAAAAAAAUUCAGGUCAAAGUACCGACAACAAAAGGGAAAACAUAAUAUAAUGCCAUUUGAUUAUUGAACCAUUUUGUUCGACUACUUAUGUAAAGUCCAUAAGACAUUACGACACCUAAGUACACUUUUAACUUUUUGUUGUCAGAAGUUUAUAUACGUAGGUGGUACACUAGGGGGGUAAUUUAUAAAAAUUUCCCGUAUUUUCUUAAUAAUAAACUGAAUAAUAAAACCGUCUAAAAACGAGAAUAUAUUUAUACACCGUCGCCAGUUAAUGUCGAUCUUGUUUUAGAUUCGGAGUGUAGUGACGAAUCUAUUGGUUUUACUAUAUGAUAUGUGUGUUUUUUUUUGUAUCAGUGAGCUAUUUUUUGACCAGAAAACUUCUUCUAAUCGAAAAAUGACAAGAGAAUGUAUUUUGAUGCAUUUUAAAUUUAGUUAGUGCAUUGGGAAGGUCAUUUAAUGUUUUUCUUUUUUUUUUUUUAAGGAUUUCUUACUAAUAAAAUUGGGAAAAACCGAAAACAAAAUUAUUUGAUAAUUAAAUUUUUUAUUGUAAUUUCGUUAAUUUCGUAUUCCACCUUCUCAACUUUCAUCUACAAUAGUGGCGUAUCUAUCAGCAAUAUUAGCUCUAUUUUUGUUGUUGUUGCAGAAACAGAUUGAGCAAUUAUAAAGUAACUUUUUAAGCGUUUAAAGUUUAAAUUUUGAUGAUAAUCGUAAAAAUAAAUCAUACAAUUUGCCUACUAUUUUCCAAUUAACAAUUUGAAUACAUUUUUCUUUUGCUUAGUAAAAAUGCUCGAAAAUUUGAUUGAAGGUUGAUCAUCAAGUUGUCUUUAUUGCUUUAAGAAUAAACCGUUAGCUUAAUGUAACUUUUUUUUUUGUAUUCAUCAUUUCAAGUUCAAAUAUGUUAAAUAAACCAACAAUUUGUUGUAGUUAAACUCUAUCGUCAUUUUUCCUAUACGCCAUUAUAGCAUAAUAUAUUUAAUAUAUUUAUAAUGGAAUGUAUUCAUGCAUAGAAAUAUGCAUUUAUACAGACACGUGUACAAGUGGAUUUUAGAAUUUCCACCCCCCCCCCUCACCCUCCAAAUUUCAUGAAAAUUAUGAUGACAGUAGAUUUUGAAUAAAGUCUCAAAAUUGGUUUCUGUCAAUGAGGAAGAUGAAUACAAUUUUUGUUUUAUUUUUAUUUUAUUACUAGAUAGUAGGUAUAUAUUGUUAUUAUUGUCAUUUCUUGUUCUUUAUGGUUUUCCUACUUUUAGAAAAUUAUAACUGAUACGGUGAUAUUGCGUAGUCCGCAUUAUCAUCACAAUAAUAUGAAUUACGUUGUUAUUUUGUAUUCACUAAAAAUACAUAUUAAAUGUAAAAUUUAGCGAUAGUUACCUAAAACGUUAAAAAUGAAUGUUGUAAAAUAUUGACAUUUUUAAUGAAAAAUAAAUGACCAUACAAUUGAAAGUAAGUAAACUUCUUUAUUCUAAGAGUAUUAAAGUGUACAACCUUAAAUCCCCCCCUCCCUUCCCCCGAAAUAAUUUUUUUGUAAAAGCACAUGGAUUUAUAUAAUUAUUAUUUUAUUAAAUGAAAUGCGUGCAGAUACCUGGACGAACCGUCACGUUUUACAAAAAAAAAAAAAUUGUCUGUCCGACCUCGACAUGAACUCCGACGCCACCGGUUAUCAACUUCUCGUGUAAUAAUUGUGUAUAGCCUUCCGUACGGUUUAAUCAGUAAAAGGUUUAUGUUAUAAUAUUAUUCAUAUACCGAUUGAAUCCAUUAAAUUCCCUCCACUUCCUGUGAACUUAUAAAAUAUACAUAGGUUUUGUAAAUAAUCAGUAUAUAUCUAUAUUUCCUGAUCGGUCUUAACGUUUUACUUAUCAUUUCAACGCAAAUUUCAUUAAAUUUUAACUCGGACGAUGCGCACAGACGAUUAAAAUAUAGGUAACACAAUGUUGACAACUUCCGUAUAUUUUAACAUAGUUUUGGUAAUAUCGUCGCUACUUUGUUUCGAAAAUGCAGUAAGUUUUGUACACCGUCCGGUCAACUAUAUGUACCAAUCAUUAUAUGUUUAAUAUUCCGAUAUAAUUAAAUAAAUUUAAAAAAAAUCUGUUUAUUUUGUAUCUAUAUAGUUUGCAACUAGACGGUUUUACGUGGACUACGAAAAAAAUGAAUUCAUCAAAGACGGUCAAGUGUUCCGGUACGUAUCCGGGGAACUGCAUUAUUUCCGCAUACCCCGGGCUUAUUGGAGAGAUCGAAUACGUAAAAUGAAAGCUGCGGGCCUAAAUGCAAUACAAACGUAAGUUAUAUAUGCAUAUAUAUAUAUAUAUAUCUAUAUAUAUUAGGGUGGCCCUUAGUCUAAGAUGAAGAAACAAAAAUUUAUAUUUUUAAUUUUUUACCCCUUAAUUUUGUUCAUUAAUAUAACAAAGUAAUUUAGGUUAAGUUUGGUCAUGAUUACUCAACCCCUUCACGUGCCCCAAGAGGGCUAAAUAAUUGAAAAAUAGGGAUUUUUAUCGUUCUUUGAGUUUUAUCAAAAAAGUGUUGCACUUUUUUAUAAAAUUUAUAUAGCUUAAAUUAUAGAUAUUUAUAUUUUUUAUAAUAAACAUAAUUAUACAAUUUCUUAUAAAUCUAUUAUUUUCCAAGAAAAAUGAUAAAAUAUAAAAUAUUUCAUUUAUUGUACAAAAUUGAUUUUUUUUAUGAUUAUUUAAUAGUUCUUGGAUAAGGUGCUUUUUGUACAAUCUGGAAAUUGCUAACGAUACUCGCUCACUACUUGCAGUAAAUAUUACUUCUGAUCUUCGUUUUUGGUUAAUAAUUUGUUAUAAUCUUCAAUCAGUUUAACUCCUCUUUCCGCAAUGUCAUUUACAAUGGAUAGAUUAUUUACCUUUUUGGUACUGUUCAUUUUCGUUCCAUAAUUUGGGGUCUAAAUCUAAAAAGUCCAUCGGUAUACAAAAUCUAUUAAACAAAUUACUAGGUGGGAUUGAUAUGAAAUCAUUUAUAUCUUUAUUAGCAAAAUCGUAUAUUUCAUUUGGUUUUAAAUUAUUCUUUUGUUGGAUUCUGAUUCAAUAUCACGAGACUGCAUUGAUUUAACCAUUUUUAUUUUGGUUUGUGAUGAUAAUUUGAUAAUCAAAUUGAUUAAAAUGAUAAAAUGAUAAUCAAAAAAUGCUAAUGAAGUCGCUUCUGGUGUUAAGUACAAUAAAUGACCACACAUUUUUUUUAACGCUGACUUAGAAAUUUAACAAAAGUUACAUUUUUACAGUAAUGAACAAAAUGAAGGGGUGAGAAAUCAAAAACUCCUGAGUUCAAAAAUAAGGGCCACUCUAAUGUAUAUAUAUAUAUUUAUUUAUAUAUAUUGUAACACGUUAAUAAUACGUCCUUCGUUGUCUUGCGAUUCUCCGAGUUGAACCAAAUAGAAAAGUACACAAGUCUAAUAAAUUGUAUUGCUGUACAGUAAUAUACUAAAUAUACAAGAGUAAGAACACGUCAUUACAAGUAUUUAAAUUUGAACGAAUCGCAGUGUUAGUGUUGCACGUUACAUAUUGGAAGUGUAUAUAUGAUGUAUAGGUAUAGCAGGACACGAUUUACACCUUGCGUAGGCCACUGUUGUGUGUAGGAAGUUGACAAUUUAUGAUAUAGAGUCAUUUAGUUUAUAUUAGUAUACCAAAUGAAAGCAACGAUAUAAAUCAAUGUAAAAAAAAAAACAAUUCUGAGUGGAGCUCGUCUAACUAGUUUAUGAUAACUAAAUCGUGUUUUUACCUUUGAGUAACCAAGGGAAUCCAAAAAUGAAAAAAAAAAACCAAAAUUCAAUAGCGCAAACCAUUUGCAUAACUAGAAUUUUUUUUUAAAUGGAGGUGUUAAUUAUUAUAAAUAUUUCACUUAACAUUUUAUAACUUUAAUUUUUAAAAAUACAAAACAACUAUAUUUGAUGUCAAGAAGAUAUUUGCCUCACUAUUUUUAGUAUUAAUAAAAAAAAAAAACAACGAUAAUCAGUCUAUAAUAUUUCCAUCUGAGUGUUUAUUAAGAAAGUACCUACUACCGUUCGAUAAAAAUUUAAACAAAAUUGGAGGUGUUGGUUUGCAAUCAACUCUUUUUAGUAAUAAUAAUAAUGAUUAAGUACAUUCCUAUACCUUUUAAUAAUGAUAAUAUUGUUAAUCAGUUAUUUAAAAUUAAAUAGAUCUAAUUUCCAUCAAAAAUUAAGUUAUUAAUUAUUUAAUUAUUAAGUAUCAUAUUUUAAGAAAAGCCUUCUAAACUCAUUCAGCUGUCAAUAAGGUGAUGUUAUAAUGAAUGAUGUUUAAUUAUUUUGAGGUUAGAAGAUAGUUGUCGUUUCGUCUUUUUAAUAUAUGUAAUAAUCGGCUUAAUCAAACCUGGCUGAUAAUUUUGAUGAAUUAAAAUAAAGAAAAAAAAUAAAAAUAUCUUUACAUCUUUAGGAUUUUAUUCUUGUAGUAAUACGAUAUGACACAACUUAUGGAAGGUGUCAUAACCCCCAAACACCCCCUUGGAUACGCCACUAAACUACAAGCACCCUUAAUAUAUACAUUUCAUAGUUAAACGUUUGACCAUUUGACCGCAGAUGUUUAAAAUUUUAAACCAUUGUAUGCCAUCAAUUUUGUCUAAACCAGGUGUACCCAACAAGUAUUGUGAUUGAAUACAGAGGUGUCUUCAGGUCAAUUCCAUGGUGGGGCGAAAUUCACAAAAAAAAAAUACAAAAUUGAAAAUAAUAAAAGUAUUAUUUUUGUAAAUUUUCCCGUUUUUUCUACGUUUUUUCCGGUUUUCGCAAAUAUUAUGGAAACUACUUAGAAAAUAAAAAAAUGAUGCAAAAUUUAUUUAUGUACAUUAUAAAAAAAAAAAAAAAAAAUAAAUGUCAUUGUAAAACCAAUACAUUCCACGCUUCGUCCAGAAUCUAAAAAACUAUCAAAUUGUACUAAACUAUCUUUUAUUACUAUCACAACCUGCUCACAUACUAAAACUAAUACAUUCCUUUCUGUACUCAGAAUCUAAAAGGAUCAAAAAUAUCGUUUUACUGGUUAUUUAUGAUUUUUAAAUUCUAAACCAGUUAGCUAUAAAUUAAAUUAAAUAUCAUAAUGCUUCGGACUAAGCAUUCUCAUACAAAAUGCUUAUGGGUUUAUAUAAUUAUUAUUUAUUUAAAAAAUAUUAAUCUAUAAAAUAUGUAUUUGAAAUGCUAAAAUGCUAAAAUUCUUAUAGUUAUAGAUUAUCUGUUCUUGUCCACGAAGUUGUUUUUUGGUUAAAUAAUUAACCCACCUCCCAGCAGUAUUUUGUACUCAUAUUCACAUUAUAUUAUUUUUCAUUCGUUAUAAAAUCAUCGUUAAGCUAAUAAUUUGUAUUAUAUGUUUUUGAUUGGAAUUGAAUUUCUUUUAAAAAGAUUUAUUGUUUUUCUAUUAAAGUAAUAUUUCUAAUAGAAAACGAAAAGCGUACAAAUUUAAAAUAAUGAAAUCGUAACGCCGUAAAUUUGUCAGUUUCCAUUUUACAUAUUCUAAGGCGUUUUGAAUAGGUAAUUUAUAUUACACAAGUACUAGGUGAUCCAUUUAAGUGGGUACACUCAUUGUCUCUGAAAGUAUUAUCUUUUUCCGUAAUUUGUUUUCUAGAAUAUUUAAGAAACAAGCAACUUCAACAAUUUUAUAUUUAUGUUAUUUUUUUUUCACCCUUCACAAUGCUUACGCAGAAUAAGUAAAAUCAGCUUAAUUAUGAUUAUAGUGUAAAAUUACUGAUUUUUAUAUUUACAGAGAACAAUAUUUUGGAGGGAAUGUCAUUGGAGUUUUUUGUACUAUGAACUAUUAAAAAGUUACAAUUUUUUAUAAAACAAAAAAAGAAAAGGUUUUUAUAACUUUUAUAACGAGCUGUUUUUUUUUAAAUAAUACAAAAAUCCUUUGACAUUCCUUACAAAAUAUUGUUCUCUAUACAUUUCAUAAUAAAUAAUAAACAAACAGACAAGCAAACAAUUAUUAUAUUUUAUAUAUUAGAUAUAAUAAAAUCAAUGAUAUUACGCAACAGUUAAAUACCCAUUUAAACAAUAAACAUAUAAUAACAAAGUAGGUGGUAGUCGAUUAACUACUUAGGAAACCGUAGGUAGCGAGUUCGAUACCUACCGUGAGUGAUUAGACAAUUUGCGGAACAUCGUGCUUUUUUUUUCAACAUUCCAUUUAAUAGUUUAACACCACCAUCAGUUAUUAUUGUGUUACGAUUUAGAUAGGAUAUAAACUGCGCUCAUUUUAAAAUCACCCGAUGUCAAACGAACUACUAAUCACUGUGCGUCGUCUUACUAUAGCAACAAUCAGUAAUCUUUUCAACUAUAGGUCAAUGUGAAAUUAACACCAAGCUCUACCCAGCUCAAAAUCAACACACAUUGGUGUAUUGAAUUAACAUCACCGAGUGUAGAAUCAACAUCAAAUUUCUGAAUAGGUACUUUUACUCUAGAAUCAAAAUUAAGCUAGUUUUACUUAUUCUGCGUAAUCAUUGUAUUUGAAUGUUACCCGGUAGUUGAACUGAGACAGUAUAUACGUAUAACCAUUGAUUAUAGAAACAUAGAUAGCCCAUGGCAUAGGAAUAUCUAGUGACUAAAAUUAUGUUUACGCUAUUUCCCAAGAGAUGGCGUUGUACGUAUCAAUGAAUAAAUAAUUUUACUUGAAAUUACAUUUUUGUUAUUAUUGUCAGUGAUCGAUCGUGAUGUCACGGCUGCGUAGCAUGAAGUUAUUUAUAUUAUCAGGAUUUUUUUUUCGAAAUUGCCUAUUAUUUAUUUCUUCGCAAUUUUAUAGUCACAAUGUCAGAACAAAUGAAGAAAUGAAAACAUAAAAAUUAUUAUUUCUAAAUGUGGUUUAAUAUUUUUAAUUUUGAAAGAUUUUCUAGUUUUGAUGUCGUUGAAUACAUUUUUGUUUUAUUAAAUAUUUUGCAUAUUAAAAGAUGUUCAAUUAUAUACAUUUUAUGCUCUACACAGUUUGCCAUGUAUUCAUCUAGCCAUUUUAUAAUUGUAUUAUUAUUUACACACUUAAUUAAUUGAAAUUUAAUUUUUUUUUCUUAUGCAAAUAGUAAUUAUAAUUGUUUUCAAAAUAUUUAAAACUUUAUUUAUUAUAUUAUUUAACUUGUUUGAUGGUACUUUAAGUCCUCUGUCAUUUUCAAUUGAAAUAUAAUUUUUAUCAAGAAGAAGUAAUUGUUUUUUAUCGUUUUAGUUUUUGUCUAUAAAUAAUUCAUUUUCACAAUAGUUACAAUUAAAUUUGUCCAUACAUUUAUAGCCCAAAUAUCCUGCAAAGUAUGUGACAGAACAGUCCUCCAAAGUAACAUCAUUAUUUAAAGUUUCAUUGUUAAUAGAGUCCUCAUCAGAUGAUAAAGAAGAGAAAUGUAAAUUAGAAAAACAUCCAGUGUCAGAAUCAGAAGAUAAUGUUAAAUUAUUAGAAUUUAUAUUAAUUUUGGAACUUUCUGGGUCAAUUAUUACCGGAUUAUCAUCUUCUUGGGUUACCUCACAAUUUGUCCCUUUAGAUGUGCAUAAAGAAAGAAUAAAAUUACUUCUUAUCGAAGUCUUUAUCGUUCUUGCUGUUGGAUUUUUGUUAUAA